UUCACAAGCUCCUCCUUGCUCAUUGCUCCCUUUUACACACAAGUAAACCCAGCUUCUGUUAUGGCAAGGGCUGCACGUUGGCAUUUACCAAAUAGCCGCGGCAUGCCACUCUCCCUGACAGCACCUCCCUGCCUUCUCAGGAGACAGACAGGCUGAACUAGCUGAGAGCAGACGGUAGAGGACUAUCUGGCAAUCACUCCCACAGUUCAGCGGUACAGAGUGGGGGAAACUGCUCAACAUGCCACAAGAUGCCCGAGGUCCAAUCAGAUAAUGUGUCAACACAGUUUUCGGAGAACUAAGGAGAACAAAUGAUGGCGACACAAAAUGGGAAUAUUGCACCUUGUAAAACAGCACAGAACGGAAUCAAGGAGAAGCCCCCAUAUUCAGUGGAAACCCCUUAUGGCUUCCGACUUGACCUGGAUUUUCUGAAAUAUGUAGACGACAUAGAGAAAGGGAACACCAUCAAAAGGAUUCCCAUUCAGCGCAGAAGCAAGGAAGUGCGUGCAAGCACUUUACCAAGGCACCUCAAUGCUUCUGGGUGUGGCUACCGCCCGAGCCCCUGGGGAUCUACCGGAGCUCUUGGCCCCAGGUCUCGAUUGUCAGAUGCCCAUCAUCAUCAUGGCUAUACUUCCUGGGCAUAUGAUCACAGGCCACCUCUUUCCCCCACAGGGUUUAAAUCUUUGGCAGAGAUGGAAGCCAGAAUCAAGGAGUUUGAUGAGCAACCUCUAGGGGAACAUAUCAGACCCCAUCUCCUCCGUGCCUCCAGUCUGCCACUUACGGUUUUACUGAGACAAGGGUCAGAGUCCACAGAUGACCACAGCAGCGUCUGGAGUUCAAAGGAUCACCUUGGGGGAAGAAACAUCUCAUGUGAAGAUGUGUUCCACUCUUCGGACAGCCCUCGGCCACAGGACUGCUCAGGUCUGCUGAGGCGCCUCACUGAAGCCCUCGAACGAGUGGGGGACCUUGAGAUGGAAGUGAGGGUCAUUCCUGAGCUCAGAGCGCAGAUCUGCAUCCUCCAGGAGGAAAGAGAAAGACUUCGUCUGGGACUGAGUCCACGUGACCAUCCCAUCACAAUGAACGGCACCACAGAUCCUGGUACAUCCUCUCACAAUAGCAAAGUAUUGAGAGGACAUCAGCAUGAAAGUCACAGUAUAUUUCCUAGAAAUUACCGUGUCAGCCAAGAUGACUCCAAUCCUACGCAUGAGUGGAGGACUAGUACAGAUCUGGAUGAGCUGCUGACAGUGACCUCCCUGCAAGCCAAAGUAGCUGUGUUGGAGCAGAAGCUCCACGAGACUAGCCUGGAGCUCCAGAGAGUGUCAGGGCUGCUGAAGGAGCAGCAAAAGGAAAGCAAAAGGAAAGACGAGAAGAUAGAACACCUCAUUAAGAAUCCUGCAGUGUGGGUCCGUGCAGAGAGGGUGGUGGUAGAUCAGGAUGGAGAUGAGACGGUAGUGAGAUCAGAGUAUGAUAAAGCACCGUGCUUUAUUAGUAAAAGAGCGGUUAAUGCAAACGAUCAAACAAGGCAGCAACACAAGUCUGUGGUCAGUUCAACAUCGUCUGAGAGACGUCCACUGGUUUCUGAAGGUACAGACACAGCUGAGGUGAUCCAUCACAUAAAGAAGAUAAAGAGUCUGCUGGAGCAGCAGUGGAAGUGUUUGUGCACAGAGAGUGAAUCAGGAAAAGAGGGCAAGCAUCUAAAGCACCCAGAUCCCAAAGUCAACUCUCUGCAGCAGGAGAUGAUGGGACUUGUCGACAUCCUCAUGUCCUGCCACAAACAGCGUGGAGACAGUGACGCCUCUAAAUCCAUCCUGCAGACAGAAGGAUGUGCCCAGACGUCGAAAAACCUACAUUCUGGGGGUGUUAAAGAAGGAAGCAAUGAGACUGCCAGUAAAAAUCAGGCCUGUAUGAGCCAAAGUGUCCAUGAUGAUUUGGAGCAGAGGAACAGUAGCACAGUUCCUAGGGAGGUGGCUCCUGCCCAGCUGGAUGCAGACACAGAGAAGAGAAGAACGGAAGAAGAGAAGCAAAUUGACCCAGGCAGACAGAUGAAACUGGAAGGAACAGGUUUUGGGGGGACAGAUGGAGGUGAUGUAUCUCUAGUAGCUAGGGCUACAGAGAAAACGGCCAAGAUGAAAACACAGCCCUCAGGAGAACAGAUGGAGGGAAACUCUGGCUCAGAAACAACCACCAAAGGCAGAGAAGCAGUGAAUGCAGAUUUUAUUUCUGCCUGUCAUUUCCUUAAUAAUCACAUGGACAACAUGGACAACCCCAAUGAUGACAUGAGGAAGGCCCUGGUUGUGUUGUUCCAGCACUGGUUCAGUGCAGCAGCAGAGGAGGCCUCUGAGGCCAGCAGGGUGGCUGCAUACCUGAAACACAUAAAGAAGGAAACACCCUCCCUGCUGGCCUUUCUAGUCAAUCUGGCGGACGACAACGGGAACACAGUGCUUCAUUACAGCGUCUCCCACUGCAACUACAGCAUUGUCACCCUGAUCCUGGAUACAGGUGUCAGCGAUGUGAACGUUCAGAACAAUUCUGGCUACACGGCGGUGAUGCUGGCCUCGCUGACAGCCCCCGAUGGACCCGGCGGAAUGGAAGUUGUCCGCAAACUAAUGGAGCAGGGCAACAUUAACAUUCGCUCCAGCAAGACGGGCCAAACAGCUCUGCACUUGGCAGUGAGACAUGGCCGAGUUGUGAUGGUUCGCCUGCUGCUUAGCUGUGGGGCAGACGCUAACAUCCAGGACAGCCAGGGAACCACAGCGCUGAUGUUCGCAUCUGAGAGGGGCCACACGCACAUCGCAAGGCUCCUGCUGGAGAGAAGCCAGUGUGACCUCACUCUGACUGACAAGCGAGGUCAAACUGCGCUUUCCAUCGCCAUGCAAGGUUCCCACGCCGAUACAGCUGCCCUGCUGCAGGCCCACGCUAAAGCUCGAGCUCUGUAGAAGCGGAUCUGUUCACAUGUCAGAUCCUCUCACCUGAGUGGCGCUUCAAACGCAGGCUUUUUCGUUCUGAAAUCUGGACUAGUGACAGCUGGUGCGCUGAAUGGGAUGAUAUUACAAUGAGGCUGUGCGGCAUGAGUAAGUGAGGCAGAUGAUGGUUGCUAGGGCAGCAUGCAGUGAUCUGCUGUUUUUAUUUUGUCUUUACCAUAGAUGUUUAAGAUUAUCGCUGAUCUUUGCACAUCCGUGCAGCAGCUUCGCUCUGCAAACUAUGCAAUGGAAAGAAUAUUUAUUGUGUUUGUUGUAUUAUCUAAAAAUCUGUCUGUAAGAAGAUUCUACCUAUAUGUUUCCAAGGGGAAUUCUCAGCAUUUCUAAGCACCAUUUCAAUAAAAUACUUUCAAAAUACUGCAUGCCAACUAAACAGAAACAAAUCCCUGGAGCCGAUCGGCCAGUUUGUUUAUUUCACACGUUGGUAAAAACUACACUGAUGUAUGCAACGCCUGUUUUUAAUAAAAUUACAGAAAAGCGA